AUGAGCCAAUAUGGCAAACUUCUCGAAUACAUCCUGCAAUCCAUGUCGAAUCCAUUGCAAACUGGGGUGCGCCAUGUCUUCCAACUCAUGUCAUGGUGGGGGUUCCUGGGAGAUGAGGUGCUACUCUGCCAACACAUUGGAGCUCUCCAGCCACUUGCAAAGGCUCGUGUCGCAUCAAUCUCUACUCGCAUGAACCACAGCCAGCAGAUAACGCGGCUCGCCAUUUGCCGUAUUGCCUGGUGCUUGGAUAUCCCGACUCAAGCCACGGAUCUCCAAACAACGGACCAACGCAUGUUCCGAUAG